AAGUUAAUCUGAGCUUUCUUACGAAGGAAAAGGGGUUUAGACCCAAAAAAAAAUAGGGCAGAGGAAAAUUGCAGACUCAGAGAGGGUUUUAGCUUUAGACACUCUUUUUCUUUCACAUUCUUAGCUCCGAAAUGAAUUCUCUGCGGCGAGCGUUGCGAUUGUUCGCUGCGCCCGCGGAUUCAACGGCUCUGAUCCUUCGAUCAUACUCCUCCUCCUCCACUACUCGUCGGCGAUCCAAAUCCAUCCCUCCGCCGCCUACUGACACCGCUGAGAUUCCAAGGCCGAAGGAGAUCCCGUUCCAGCCGAAGGUAGCGAAUGCCGUGAACCUAAUCGGUCAGGUUCGGAUGCCGGUUCAGUUCCAAACCUUUCCCGACGGCAGAACCUACGCCGCCACCGUUAUCACUCGCCAAGAGUCACACUCUUCUCCUUUCCUUUGGAUUCCAGUUAUAUUUGAGGGUGAUUUGGCUCAUUCUGCGGCUUGCCAUCUCAAGGAAGACGAUUUCAUAUAUGUGGCUGGUCAACUCACUGCUGAUCCACCGCGUUUAGGUGAAAACCAAAUUCAAAGUAAUAGCAAUAUUCAGGUUGUUGUACAAAGCCUCAACUUUGUCCAAGGAUAUCCUCAACUGGAGAAAAUAUCUGCAACUUCAAAGCAAGAAUGUACAGCAAGUGAGGAGCAUGUCAUAGACAACACUUGGAACGAUCUCCUUUCUAACCCUUUUGAAUGGUGGGAUGUCCGAUAUCUAAAGGAGAAUCCAAAGGGGGCAGCUUUUGAAAGAAAAACGGAUGGUGAGUUACUCUUUAUUAAUAGUUCAACUCCCAAAUGGCUGCAAGAUAAACUGGAUUCCAUGUCAAUUGAUUUGAAACCUGAAUUGAAGCACUCAACAAAUGAUUUAAAGAAAGUUAGAGACUCUUCACUUGCUCCUUGGACUGAUCUUUUGGAUGACCCAAAGCAGUGGACUGAUUACCGUGACAGCAAACGUGAUGGGCAGGUGAAUCCUAGGUUCCCUGACUUCAAACGCAAGGAUGGGAACGGUGCCCUAUGGCUUAACAACGCUCCAAAGUGGGUUUUAUCUAGACUUGAAGAACUGAAAUUUGAUGUUCCAGCUGUAAAAUCAAAACAAGCAAAGGACUUUAAAGGUGAUGAGCCCUGGAAUGAUUUGGUCAAUAACCCUACUAAAUGGUGGGAUAACAGAAUAGAUAAGAGGAAUCCAAAAGCUCCUGACUUUAAGCACAAAGAAACUGGUGAAGUGCUCUGGCUUAAUGAUUCUCCUAGUUGGGUGUUAUCAAAGUUGCCACCCAUGAAGCCAAAAGAAAGCGCAGAAUUUGGUAGGAAGAAACUAGUUUCAUGAGCUUGGAAACAGAAACAGAGGAUGAAGAUUCAUUCAACCUAGUUAAUUUGAAGGUCUUAUCAUACAACACAUUGGGAACGAAGGACCAAUGGAAAUGUUUGUUUAGAGUGUGCAGUUUACAUAAUUCGUGAUAGUUAGGAGAUCACAGAAGUGAUCAAACAUACUUCAAACGAAACCAAUGACUAUAUUAAACACUGUUGUUUGAUUAAUUUUGUAAAUAUAACCAAAAACAAUAAGAGAAACCAGAGAAUGUCUCUUGUUUCUUGAGACUUGAAAUGCAUGUAACUUUACUUGCUAGUUGCUACCUAGGGCUUGUGAAAAACUCUUCCAGCCAACAAAGCAGCUUCCAUGACAACAUGAAUAACUUCAAUAACAUCAUCAACUUGGCAUGUGUUUC